CAUGGACACGCGACCAAAAGAAGCACAAGCAGCAGGCGCAAAAAGCGCUUCCCGCUUGCUCUGGCUUUUGUGCCUUUUUCCCUCUUGCUGGUCUUCUCUCUCAUCUUCCUCCUUGUCUCGUGUGCUUCGUGUCACCUUGUGGUGUGUGUGCUUCGUUUGUCUUGUCUUGUGUCGUGUGUCGUGUACGUCGUCGUCUUCGGCCUUUCCCCCGCUUUCGUCUCGCUGUUGGUCUCCCGUGAUCUUCGUCGCGUCGGUUCCGUGUACCGUUUCGUACUUCCGUCGUCGUCGUCGUCGUCGUCGCCUUACCUUUGUUCUAACAAACGAACAUGACUGACGCUGCCCCUCCCGUCACAACCCCGGCCACCAUGCCCCCUCCCAAGGACGAGGAUGCCAUCAAGCUCUUUGUUGGCCAGCUCCCCAAGUCCUAUGGCGAGGAGCAGUUGACUGCCCUUCUCCAGCCCUAUGGUGCCAUCCAUGACAUGAUGAUCCUCAAGAACAAGAUGACCGGCGAGUCCCGAGGCUGCGCUUUCGUGACCUUCUGCUCCCGCCAAUCUGCUCUGAGCGCCAUUGCUGAUCUCCACGAGAAGCGUACUCUUCCCACCAUGGCCAACCCCAUGCAAGUCAAGAUUGCGGACAGCGAGCAGCGUGGUGAUGACCGCAAGCUGUUUGUUGGCAUGAUCUCCAAGACAUGCACCGAGGCCGACCUCGAGGCCAUGUUCCGCCCCUUUGGCGAGAUUGAGAGCGUCAACGUCCUCAUUGGCCCCGAGGGCCAGAGCAAGGGCUGCGCAUUUGUCAAGUACACCAACGCUGGCUCCGCUAACCAGGCCAUUGCCAAGCUUCACAACAGCACCACCAUGGAGGGCUGCCGCGCGCCCAUGGUUGUGAAGAUUGCUGACACAGAGAAGCAGAAGCAGCAGCGCCGCAUGCAGCGCCAGAUGCCGCCCAUGGGCAUGUACGGCUUCCCACCCAACGCCAUGUUUGGCGCACAGGACAUGGCCCAGGCAAUGUACGGCGUCCAGCAGUUCAACGUUGAUGCUGAGUGGUAUCCAGGUGCCGGCUUUGGCCAGCAGCCGUACGCGCAGGCCCCAUAUGGCGGCGCCGCCCGCGCCCCGCAGAAGGAGGGCCCGCCCAACUCCAACCUCUUCAUCUACCACCUGCCCCAGGAGCUGAACGACCACUCGCUCGCCGCUACCUUCAUGUCCUUUGGCAACGUCAUCAGCUCCAAGGUCUUUGUUGACAAGUACACGGGCCAGAGCAAGUGCUUCGGCUUUGUGUCGUACGACAACCCCCAGUCUGCCCAGGCUGCCAUCCAGGCCAUGAACGGCUUCCAGAUUGGCGGCAAGCGCCUGAAGGUCCAGCUCAAGCGCCCCAAGAACGCCCCUUACUGAGCGUCAUCGCCACUCCCCCUUCUCAACCUCACCAGCGCGCCUUUCCUCGCUCCCUCCUCAACUUGUCUCUGGUUGACUGACUAACAUGCGGCACUGUGAGCUCCAAGUGCGCGUGGCCCCUUUACCCGCUGUCGUCGCGUGUCUUGUUGUUGUUCCUUGUUCUGUGUUGCUUCGACGACGUGUGUGGGCUGUGUACGGUUGCUGUUGUUCAUGUGUCUGCUUGCUGUGUCGUUGUGGACUGAGGAGUGCUGCGAGGUGGACUGUAUCCGCUCACGGGGGUGACACCAAACACGCACACAUACACGACCCCCAGCUGCCGCGCGAUUGAGAGAUCCAAUACAAAAGCAAAAGCC